GGCGAAACCGCCCCCCUUUCACUCCCCCUCCUCCUCCAGAUCCAUCCGCCUCUCCUCGAAACCGUCUCUCUGUGCGUCCGGAGUCCGGGGAGAGGGUGGCGGCGGUGGAGAUGGAGAGCCUGGCGCAGCGCGCGGCGCUGCUGCGGGAGUCGCUGCAGAAGAGCCAGCAGGUCACCGACGCCGUCGUCUCCAUACUCGGCUCCUUCGACAGCCGCCUCACCGCGCUCGACUCCGCCAUGCGCCCCAUCCAGGUGAGGACGCACGCCGUUCGGACCGCGCACGAGAACAUCGACCGCACGCUGCGCUCCGCGGAUGUGAUCCUCACCCAGUUCGACAGGACCCGAGAGGCAGAGCGUGAAAUACAGAAGGGGCCGCAUGAGAACCUUCAAGGUUUCCUAGAUGCAGUUGAUCGCUUGAGAAGUAUUGAGCGUUUCUUUAGUUCAAAUCGGAGUUACCGUAGUAGCGAUGGGGUGCUCAACCACGUAAACGCGCUCCUUUCUAAGGCCCUUGUCAGGAUGGAGGGUGAAUUCCAGAAUCAAUUAUCCCAGCGCAGCAAACCGAUGGAGCCUGAUCGUCUUUUUGAUUGUCUUCCAAGUACACUUCGACCAUCGUCUGAAUCUCAGCCCGAAGGUGGGAAAAACCCAUCCGAGAAUCAGCAAAACCCAGAGGCUGUUGUAUAUAGUCCUCCUGCUCUUAUUGAGCCAAAGUUUGUUCCACUACUCUCUAAAUUAGCACAACAGUUGGUUCAAGCUGGAUGCCAACAGCAAUGCUCAGAAAUAUAUAGUGAAGCUCGUUCUUCAGCUUUAGAAUCAAGUCUGAAGAACUUGGGCGUUGAAAAACUUAGCAAAGAUGAAGUGCAGAAAAUGCCGUGGGAAAUUUUGGAGUCUAAAAUAGGGAAUUGGAUUCAUUUCAUGCGAAUUGCUGUUAAACUUCUUUUUGCUGGGGAGCGCCAACUUUGCGACCAAGUUUUUGAGUGCAGUCAAUCGUUGAGGGAUAAGUGCUUUGCUGCAAUAACAAAGAACAGUUUGGCUACACUACUCAGUUUUGGAGAGGCUAUUGCUAUGAGUAAACGAUCACCAGAGAAACUCUUUGUUCUGUUAGACAUGUACGAGAUAAUGUGCGAGCUUCAAACAGAGAUUGAUACCAUUUUCGUUGGAGAAUCAGGUUCGCAAAUGCGCGACUCUGCACUGAGUUUAACAAAAUGCUUAGCACAAACAGCACAAAAGACUUUCAGUGAUUUUGAAGAAGCUGUUGAAAAGGAUGCAACAAAGAAUAUUCAUACUGAUGGAACAGUUCAUCCUUUAACAAGCUAUGUGAUCAACUAUGUUAAGUUUUUGUUUGACUACCAGUCAACUCUAAAGCAGCUUUUCCAGGAGUUCAAGGAAGAUGGGACAGGUUCUGAGCUGGCAGCUGUAACAAUGAAAAUCAUGCAAGCCUUACAAAAUAAUUUAGAAGCAAAAGCAAAACAAUACAAGGAUCCUGCAUUGAUGCACAUAUUUUUGAUGAAUAACAUUCACUAUAUUGUCAAAUCUGUCCGCAGAUCAGAAGCCAAAGAUUUGUUGGGUGAUGACUGGAUUCAAAGGCACCGAAGGAUUGUACAACAAAAUGCCAAUCAGUAUAGAAGGAUUGCUUGGGCGAAGGUGUUGCAAUGCCUCUCUGGUCAAGGUUUGACUUCAUCAGGUGGUAGUGGUCAUGUAGGAAGUGAUGGUGGCAAUAGCAGUGGAGCUUCAAGAACAGCUGUGAAGGAGAGAUUCAGGUCUUUCAAUGUGUUGUUCGAAGAGAUCUACCACAAGCAAUGUGGCUGGUCCGUUCCAGACACUGAGCUGCGCGAGUCACUAAGACUCGCGGUCGCUGAAAUCCUGUUGCCUGCCUACCGAUCAUUCAUAAAACGUUUUGGGCCUCUCAUUGAGAAUAGCAAAGCACCUGGGAAAUACGUGAAGCACACUCCCGAGCAACUCGAGCUGCUGCUAGGCAAUUUAUUCGAGGGGAAACAAGAACGUGCUUGAUAGUUUGGUACCGCCCGCAGCAAGGAUGUGCUGCUCUUCUAUGUAAAAUACAAAAUAAUAAAAAUAAAAAAGAUCUGGAGGCCCUGUUAGCGUUAGCAUUGCUUGUGUUCUCCCCAAUCCUUGUUUAGCCGCAUUAUUAUUUGUACAGAAGAAUAUAUGUGUCAGCUGUGCCUUGUGUUGAUCUGAUAGCAGGCGUGUUCCUGGUUUCUUU